UUCGAAUGCAGCUCGUCGUGCUGAUUUCGCUGCUCAGUCUCUUGCAGGGCGCCCACGCCACGUGCUGCGCGACGUGCUUGGCGCAGCCGCUGGUCGCGGCCGUCGACGCGGUCAACUGGACCGCGUGCUCUGCGGCGCAGCAAGUCUGCUGCUUUGACUGCACGCCGUCCACGUUCGGGACGCCGACGUACGUGACGACAACUGUGACCUAUGACAACGACGGCGCGCGCGUGCCCAGCGGCGAGUACCUCCAGCUCUCGUGGCCCGGCGCGGUCGCUGUCAAGUACCUCAUGCUGCGGAAAGGCCAGCCCAAGACGGCGCAGGUGACCAACACGAGCAGCGCGUCGACGGUCGCCGGGAGUUACUUUGGCCUGUGCCCGCUCUUUGAUGGCACCAUCUACCUCCGCGCCUUCGACGCAUCGGGGUGCUCUGCCUCGCUCGAGAUGGCCGUGACGGUGACGUCAGGCAGUGGCUCGUGUGCGAAUGCGAUCCCGACCAUGCCCCCGACGGUGACAAGCAUCCCGUGCGACCCGGUUCGUGGCGCUGUCACGAAUGGCACGUGCAACUGCCUCCAGGACUUUACAGGUCCGCCCGCGUGCCUCGAAAACUCGCCGUGGAAGCAAUGGGGCCAGAUCCUGACCUACUGCGCCGGCGGGGCGUCGUUCAUCACGGCCGUCUUUGGCUUUUACCGCCUCUGGAAACAGCGGCAGCUGCACCAGCACGAAGCCGCCGUCAUGGACCAGUCGCCGGCGAGUAGCGACGCAUCGCCAUUGGACAAGGCCAAGGAGCAGCAUCAAUCGAUCGAGACGCCGCUGUGCGGACCGACGCUGCUGCCGUUGCAGAUAAGUAAGACGGUGCGCGACGACAGCAAGGCGAGCAGCGAUGGCUCGUCCAUCUCCGAGAUCUACGUGGCCGGCGACCUGCGCUUCCACCGCGGAAUGGAGAGCCCCGAGCGCAACUCGCGCGAGUUCUCCUUGUAGCAUGGGUGGUGUGGUAGACCUGAGACAGCAAACUAAUAGGAGUGUAUUUAACCGAGCG